CUUUUUCACUAGGCGUAGCGGAGAUGGAGUUCGGCAUGUGUUCGAGACCUCAGAGAUUAAAACCAAACCAUCCGAUUCGAUCUAAUUCUUGUAUCCUAUUCUUAUGUUAGAUCGGGCUUGGUUCUAGGAAUUCUACUGUCCAGUGUUGUCUAGUGUGCGGAAACGAAAUAACUACAUCGGAAUGAUUGAUACGACUUACGAUAUGGACACUGGAGAAUAUGAGACUAAUGCAUUAGUAAUUAAUAAUAUAUCGUCCGUUAACUACGCUUUCUACGAUUCCGUUUCCCCAACCUUGCCUUCCCUCGGUUCACAUGCCCUCGAGCUCGAGAUCGCGCUCCGAAAAGAUGGGUUCCUGGCAUAUUUCGAUGCGGUUCGACGGGGUAUAUGGUGCUUUUGCUUGAUACAGAAGAAUAAAUCACAGGGAGGCCAGUCGACGAUACCUACAUUCCCUAAAUCUGUUGGGAAUGCUGGCUUCAGCUUUUCCUUAGUUGAGGAGGGUACUUUCGAAUCGGCUGCCCUUGUUAAGAGUCGCUUACAUGCUCCAAAUGCCGCCAACACUCCAGCGAGCUCGUUGUCUUCGACUACUUCGGCUGCUGUGGAUUCGGUCUAUAGAAAUAUGCAGCCUGUCACUUUUUCGUCGGCUCAGUCGUUUUCCACUUCAACUGAACAAGACUCUAGGACAGCCCCAUCCGUCGACUCAAAAACUGCUCCCUCGACGUCAAUAAAGGAUGUCUACGAGUACUUUAUUUGUGCCGUUCUAUCUGCGGUGUCAUCUAGCUUCUGUGCUAACACAGGCGCCAUCCCACUGAGUUCCCGGACUCUACUUCUUUCGAAGUCUUCUCGCGACGACUAUGCCACUACCCCUGCAAUUCUCGCUUCUUUACGCGUAUAUCUCACCACAACGGGAAGUCUUAUCAUAUCAUUUGCACUUUCCCUGGCACAGGGCAUCCUAAAUCUGUCUGAAAACCUUGGGCAUCCUCUUCCAUCUCUUGGCGUCACUGUCUUGGCCGCACCAUUAGGAUUGUUUGCUACUUGCUAUCCUGUCACUAUGUCUGAUACUAUAGCAACUGAAGGUAGCUUUGGCCAAUCCCCAGAUACCCAAAUCACGAAGCUUAGGUCAGAAAGGGAUGAUGGAUCUUGGCGAAAUACCUGUUCUAAAUUUCUGCAGGCUCGUAAUAUACCCUCUUCUUUCAGCGAAUCCCAAAACUGGAUUGUUCUUCAACGAAUACGAAGGAAGCCAAUGGAGCAGAAUACAGAUGGGAAGCGAACUCCGCUAAUAGGUACUACAAAUAUAUCGUGGCCUGCUAGUCUGUGCUUCUGUAAACUGUUUUCUCGACUAGGAAUUGGAGGGGAAGGAGACGAUCUCUUAAGCUCUGAGUCCGAUCAAAAUUAUAAUACUCUGAAAACCGCCCAGAAAUGGUUUCUAGAUGCGGGAGAGCGCGACGAAACCCUCGCCAAGAACAAAAAGGAAAGAGAGGCUACGAUGGCCCGCGAAGUUUCAUUAGGGGAUGGCCAAGGCCAGCAUACGAACGCUCUAUCUCCUUUGGCCCUGCAGCGAACUCACACCACCGGUGUACCCCCCGGUUUAUAUCCGACACCCCCAGAGGGUGGCGUUCAAACUGUUGUGGGCGCAACACCGUCUAUGGAUGGUACGGCGUCUAGUCCUGGAAAUAACGCGGGUGGCUCUGCAUUAGAUACUGAUGGGGCUCGCAAUAUCUCAACAUACGGGGAUCACUGGGAGAGUACGGACACGAAACGCGAACGCAUGGGUGGUUCAUUUGAAUCUGAAAAUCUCUUUGGGGAAUUAGGUCCAGAUAUGUUCGGAGACACCGAUAUCACCGAGGCUGAUUUUAAUUUCUUCGACGAACAGCCUGGCGACAUAGGCCUAAGCUCCCUGGAUCUACCUAGUCUCUCAAACUCAGAUCCGAGUUUGAAUCUUGCGGUUGGUCUCCCAACGACACAAGGAUCUCAGACAAAAGCAGGGCCUCCAGAUAUUCGUUUAACAGACAUCUCUUCGCCUACAUUCACGAAGCCCGAACUGAGACAUGCGCGGAGCUCGCUAGGAGAUGAAGCACGACGCCAAACUGGAUCAGAUAGUCAUAAGUUCCAGUCGGCGGGCAUUAAACGGCCAUCUAGCCCAUUUAAUCCGGAUACGGUGUUCAAGAGAAUUAAAGCAUCUCUUGAUAACCACAAUGCAGUCCGGGAGAAUUCUCGUAUACAAGCUUCUCGUACCAGCAUAUUUGACAAAGUGAAUUUUGGACCCUGCUUAUCGGCAGUCAACAGCAAAUACGAAGGAAGUGGGCGGUUUGACUACUCUCUCGAUCGAUCGCCAGAUGUUAAAUUUUCUGGCCUAAAUGAACCACCAACAACUAAUUAUCUGCGCCGUCAUAUGAAGGCUCGGAAAGGGUUAAAAGAACUACCCGGGAAGAUUGGACAUCUUUUGAUCCACCCUCCUGGCGCUCAAGUCUCUACGUCGAAUCGACCGAGCCCUUCAAACGUUGAAGAAACCCACUCUGAUGCUGAUGAAAUGAGUCUCGUAUCGGAUCAGGACGAUUCAAGUUACAAUAGUGACGAACCGUUAUCCCCAGUGAAAUCUUCGAGUGCGAGGAGGCGGCUAGUUGACGAUGAUGGGGAAUCCCUUGCCACUUCAUUUAAGGAGAUUGAGUCUAUAGACUUGAACCUCCCUCAUAUACCGCUUGAAUUGCCCCAGACAUGCAAGCCUGAAGCAGAUUUCCUGCUCACAAAGUACUUCGCCGAACCGGAGCCGCCACUUUUCUCGUUAUCCUUACCCGACGACCAGCUGAUAAUGGCAGCACAGAUUCUUACAGAACAAUUUUCUACUUCUACCUUUUUAACUAACACGACACCUCAGCUGUUAGAAUCAAGAGUUGACCAGCGUCGUCGGCUUACCAAUCUCACUCGCAGAUCGAUUCAUGAUGUUAAGUCUAGCCUUCCUCCGUGCCUUGCAACUGCUACCGAGUAUCAGUUUCGUCCCUUUAUUGAACUUCAAGAUGUACCCCUUCUCGGGCAACCUACGAGAAUGCAGCCAAGGCCACCCGGAGCCGACCAGAUGAGACCGAGCAACUUGUUCCAGAUACCAUCGCCGCAUUUCGAAUUACGGCGGUAUGAGUCCAAGUUAUCCGUUUUACCAUCUGCUGUCACUUUCUGGGAGAGUCUUGGUUUGAGCCCAUCGCCUGGAAAUAAAGACAUCAAUGCCCUAUGUAUCUUCCCCAACGAAGACCUGGAAGAUGACAUGCUCGUGUUCACAGAUAGAAUGCGCAGCAUAUAUGAAUCAUUAAAACUAGGUUCAUUCAACCGCCUCCAAGCCACAUCCGGUGUAGAGAACGGCAUGUUUCCUUUCGCUGUCGAGAAAGACCCAAUUCCGUUCGGCAAACCAUCUUUUCUAAGGCCCUCAAUGGCAAACUGUAUUCAUAAAGUAUGCCAAGCACUAGUAUCAACGGCUGUUGAAGAUGUGAAUUUCGUUAUAUACUUUGUUUAUUCACCGGACGCUGCUGGAUCGGCAGUAGAAUGUUGUGCUGUCUUCAACCAGAUCUCCGAAGGAUAUCGAAGAUUACUCUUGAGCAAAAAGCUAUCAAUCGUUAAUGAUCUCACUCUGCAACUAAUUCCACAAGAGUUUAUAGCAUCUUCCUGCUCAGUCGCUAUGCCGUUUCCUUCUGAGUUUUGUAAACUGGCCGUGGAAACAUAUGAUAGGUGCACCCAAUUCGGUGGAACAGGACCAUCUCCAGCAAUUAUGCUUGAGCAACCUCCACCGAGGAUAAUCGAUUUCAAAUUGACGACCAAUCCGUCCGCAUCGCUAUUACACGAGAACACGUGCCUCCACAUUGCUUAUGCGCAAAGCAUAGAUGGAAGAUGGGUUACCGCGGCUUGGACGGAUAAUAGGGGUAAUCAACAAAUGACGGCAUCUUACUGUUUGGGAAGAAAAGGGAAACGUCUAUCGAGGCCAAUGUCAGAUGUUGCGACAGAGAUCUGGGGCGCAACUCAUGAUUUCAUCUCUACUUGGAAAGUGCACUGGCGUAUUAUUAUCGCAAAAUCCGGCACAAUGGAGCAGUCUGAGAUAGAACUCUGGUCUUCUCUCGCUCAAGCAGAGUCGAAAGCAUCGGUCAGCUUGACGUUAAUCGUAGUAGAUACUAACCCGUCAAUGCAACUCCUCCCUCCGGCAGUUAAGAUAUCGAGUAAUGCCCUAUCUGUUUUCUACACCACACCGGUUUCAACACCACAAGCUUCCAUUGUCUCACCGGAGCAGAGUGGCAACCCACUCACACCCAUGCGCGAUAAUGCAACGACGAGCACACCCACAUCUGGAGGGGACAUUAAUCCUGAGGCCGAUGGCGACGCCACGUUAACCGAGAUUACCGACCAAACGUGGGGUGCUGUCCUAUCACACAGAUUGAACAACUCGGCUUCUUUAACAGAGCUGAAUCCAGCAUUAAUCAGUGGAUAUCUAGUAAAACGCGGCGGGACACGAAUUGAAGACCCUCCGGUUCUCCUUGAGGUUAACCUAGUCCAUAACGAGGGGAACCCCAGAGCAUACGAAUCUCUACUACGAGAAAUCCUUACUUAUUACCGAGGACUUGGAACAUUGGCUAGAGCUCGCGGAAUGAUAGACAAGGAAGCUGAUAUCCGGCCAUGGCAUAUUGCCGCGGCUGAGAAGGCGAUCAAAGCACUAUACAUGCUUGUGUGACGUAUGACAGUCAUCGUGAAGAAGUGGGUGUUAUAUGUAGGGGAUGACAUUGCGUCAGGUUGAGCCAGUCUACUAUUACUACUAGCAAUAGAUACAAUAGCAACUCCAUUAGUUCACGAAAUAAGUUCGGGGAUUAGAUUGAUAUUUCUGCGCGUCUCGGGAUUGUAGCCAGUCACAGUAACCGGGAACAAGAAAAAAAAAGCAAAAUAAAGAGCCAUCACUGAGUGCGCGCCGCUGGGAGGGCACCAAAAGCACACCUAACUAUCCCCAGAAGCCAAUCAGUACUCGUCUUGUUCUCGGUCGUCAUAAGACCAAGCUCUAGUACAAUGUGACAAAUCGAGACACGUUUGCGGGGUGUAAGGAAAACAAGAUCGAAUGCGGAGAUGGGGCAAGGAAACGCUCGUGAGUUUAAGGGAUCUUGAUUCGAAGCCCAACGUUAC